AACUGUCCGAUCAAAUUUUUGUCUUAUUAUAUAGUUUAACAACACUAUGUGUACGAACACUUUUGUGUAUCCCAGAGUAAUCGAUAGUAACUGUCACAAUUUUCUUCUCAUCGCUACGUACGCCAUUGUCAGUCGAUUUUCUCAGUGCAAUCAUAAUUUAAUUUUUUCCUUGUGAAAUUAAUUAUAUUUAGGAGUUUACAAAUUACCGCAUAAGUGUGUGAAAACUCUUAGAACUUUUAGUGCAUACCUUUGCUAAGUAAAAAGUUUGUGAACGGCUUGAAUUACCGUUUAAAGUAACACAAUAUGCGCGGACGCGGGGGCUACAUUCCACGUGGAGGCGGUACCACGCGAGGUGGCUUUUAUCCACGUAGCUCAAGCAAUUACGUUAAUACCCGUACUCAGGGCAACUACCGCCCUAAUGGUGGACGGUAUGAAAACAACUAUAAUAAUCGCUAUAGUGGCGGGAACGCCACCGGAGGUCACUAUGAUAACCGAAACCAUGAUAAGUACAACCAACAUGGUUCCAGCGGCGGACGGUACGAUACUGGCCAUAAGCGCCCCUAUGAUUCUUCGCGGGAUCGGAACGAUGACCGCAAGCGUGCUCGUCAAGACGACUAUCGUCGCACUUCUUCGUCAAACGAUCGCAGCGAUCGCCCAUCGUCGUCUCAAAAUAUGGGCUCAUCAUCAUCGAACUAUCAUCAACGCAGCAGCGGCGGCGGCGGCGGCGGAGGUGGUGGAGGCAGCAGUUCAAGCUCCUAUAGGCCGCGCGAUGACUCCGGCAGCCGCCAUCAGCGAGACUCGUCCAUGGGACCGCCAAAGCGUCCGUUGUUGCGCAGUGUGGCUGGCACCAGUUAUAUAUCACGCCCUAGAGGCACCAUGCGCGGCAGCAUUAUGCGCUCAACAAUGCGUGGCGUUGGACCCAUGCGUAUGGUCCGCUCCAGAAUCAACGAAUCGAACGAUUUGCGCACCAUGCGCCAACAAUUGAUCUAUGCAAAGCAAAAAGAUCGUGCACGCUUACUCAAGAUACAACAGCUAAAAAGCUCGUUGCGACGCCAACGCCAGGGCGGAAACAGCAGCAGCAGUGACGAUGAUGAUGCUAAGGACAAUGAUGAUGAGGAUGCUGGCGAUAAAAAGAAGAAGCAAAAAAGUAAAACCGACGGCGAAGCUGACGAUGAUGAUCACAAUGACAAUGAAGAGGGUGACGAUAAAGAAGCUGACGCUGAGGAAACGACCAAGAAGUCGCCAAUCAAAAAGCGUAGCAGCAAAGCCGCUACCGAAGACAAUGGCGAUGAUGCUGCAAAUGAUGAGCAAGAAGAAGGCGAUGUGGAGCAGGAUGGAGGCAAUGAAUCAGAGAGCAAGAAUACAACAGCUGCAUCAGAUGACGACAUGAAAGAUAACGCCGACGAUGAGAGCGGCAAUAAGGACACUGACAAGCCCAAGGAGAAAAGCAAAGAUAGUGCAGCUGAGAAAACAGGUAAGAAGAAGGAUAAAGAUGUUGACGACAAGGAAAAGGAGAAAUCCAAAAAGACUCCCGUCAAAAAGGAGCGCUCUCGCAAAGAUAAGGACGACAAGGACAGCGAUGAUGAGCGCAAAGAUAAACGGUCAUCCCGUCAUCGCGACGACGAACACAACAAUGUGCGCAAGCGUACAUUUAUUAAGCUCACCUGCGUACAUUGCCACAUCAAGUGUGUUACUUUUAAGGAGUACACAUAUCAUUUGAAUUCACGCACCCACAAGAACUCGAUGCGUCAGGUGGCGUUGCGUCAGCGGUCAGAUUUGCAGCGCAUGCGCGCACGUCAGCGCACGGCACAGCGCGAAAUUGAGGAUAACAGCAAGGAGGAGUACGAAUCGCGUUAUUGUCGCCUCUGCCGUCUGGCCUAUCGUCAGCCUAAAAAUCUUCAUCAGGCUUCGGAUCAUCACAAGAGUAUCAAGAAGUUCCUCAUGCCUUAUUGUGGAUCCUGCCACUUGGCAUUCAAGAAUGCCAUGCUCUAUGAGAAUCAUCGCUGCUCAUUGGAGCACAUUAGAAACAAAGCCCGCAAUGAUGAAUCUGGCUCGGAAGGCAGCGCUGACGAGCGCGAAAUUGACUUGAAUAAAUUCCUAACUGUGGAUUCUGUUGGCGAAAUCGAUGAUGAUGUUAUGGACGCAGAUGUCGAUGCGUUGUUGAUUGAGGCUGAGACGGCACAAAAGAGCAGCGAUGAGGAGACACGCAGGCGGGGCCUAAUUGGCAUUGACUUUGUGAAGUCCGUCGACACCUUCCACUGCGCCCUCUGCAAUCUCUAUUCGCCCAAAGAAGGCGAAGAGACAUUGGACGAAUUCAGCAAGAAACAUUGUCUCUUGCACGCUCAUGUGAAAGCCUAUCUGCGUCACAAGGAAGAUACCGAAAAGAAGUUAAAGUCGGAAGCUGAACAUGAUGAUGAGGGUAAUGAGGCUGACGAGGAUGGUAAUUUGGAUGGCACUGGCGCCACCGAUCCCGAUGCUGAUGAGGACAUCGAAAUGGAUGAAAAAAUGCCCGUGGACGAUGAUGAGGACGAGGAAGAAGAGUAUGGCGAAGGCGAGGAGGCCGAUAAGACCCACGAUUCCAAAUUGUGGGAGGAAGUCGAUAAGGAUUUGGGUGAUUUAUUGGCAGAAGUUGAGCCGAUGGGACGUAACGAGGAAGAGGAGGAGGAGGAAGACGAAUCCGUGCUGAAUAUUGACAUUGAAAGCGAGAAAAAUAAGCUCAAAGAUGCCAAAGAGGAGACCAAUGGCAAUGGCACAGACGACGGCGUCCAGAAAGAUGUAAAGCCACAGGUGGCGAAGCUGUCAGAGAAAAAAGCGCCCGCUACAGCAGCCAACACUGCUGCCGCCAGCCCCCUAAAGGCGUCAGCGAUAAAAAAGGAGCCAGUGUCAGCAAAGAAAGCCGCGCCCAAGACACCAGUCGGUAAGGCGGUCAAUCGACCCGGUCCGGCCUCAACAAAACGCAAUGUCUUGGUCAAUGUGAAGCGCACCUCGGCAGCAACUAUCAAAGCUGCCACUAAAACAGCGGCUAACGAAAGCAAGUGAGCUGAUCGCAGCAGUCAGCAGUCGUCUUAUUAAAUAAAUAACUUUUCAAUAAGAUAUACAAGAAACAACCCAGCCAGUGAAUUUUUGGUUGCAACACAAUAAUAACAAUAAUUAAAAACAUUUUUUCAUAAAAAAGAAACCAAACACACAUGUAAACGACGAUUAAUUGGAAGCAGUGUGUUUAAUAAACGCAUACAACACAUUAA